AUGGCCGACACCGAAGAUACGAUAGCCUCUUUCUUUUGGGAGGAUUUACCCAGCCCUGAUGAAUUCAAGCAAGAACUUCGGCUGUGGAGGCGAUAUUGGACUCCAGAAAAAGAUGCAGACGAGCUUCCAACCACUCUCUCGGGCACUCUGAAAAAGUUGAAAGUGGACGGCGUCGAGAAACUCUAUCCUAAUAUAAUCACCAUUUUUCGUAUGGUUCUUACCUUCUCUGCAACCAGUGCCACUGUUGAGCGAACCAAUUCAGCGCUGAGAUACGUGAAGAAUGUCUAUAGGUCAACCAUGGGUGAAGACAGGUUCAAUGCUCUGGUUCUUCUCUUCGUGCAUAAGGACAUUCCACUUGAUUACGGAAUAGUCAUUGAUAUGUAUGCUCGAAAACAUCCAAGACGGGUGCUCAUUGCUAAUCCAUUAUCAAAUUGA